AUGGCAACACAAAAUGACGAAAUACAUGUGCCUCCAAUCAUGGUCAAUCAAUCUCACUUGCACGCAAUUACAGAAGAUUCACUUGUUGAUACUCUUACUGCAGAUGAUAUUUGCAAAAUGUUCGAUGAAUUUCUCACCGAAUUUGAACAUAUGGAAAAAAGUGGUGCAGCAACAACACAAGUGUUCUUAGAUGCCGUGGAAGAGAUCACAAAUGCUGUUCUAUCAGUCCUACCAUAUAAAUUACUCGAUCCCAAAGUUCUUUCUCAUCAAAUGGUGCGUUUUCUACAUCAAAUGUUAAUUGAUUUAUUAGAAAACUGGCAAGCAACAGAUAUGCGUCUUAACAUACAAGAAUCGGAUAUAUUUCUGAAGAUUAUACUCGUUUUCGUCCGUGCAAUCGACCACCCGUUUGUAACGAAUCCUGAUGAAGAUCGAAAGCAAAUAACGAAAAUAUUGGAAACAAAAAUAGUUCUGAAUUUAGUACGCGAGCAAAUUGUCGACAGUAAUAUCAAUAAAAGUGGCAUGAAUGAUGACCCUAAUCUAUGUGCAUUGGGUUUGCUGACAAUAAGGUUGUUAAGAGGUUGUCAGUUCUACUACAGCAACGAUCGAAAUAUAUAUCUGAACGAUAUACUAAUCUUCAAUUGCCUUGAUUCAUAUGAUUAUGUUCAAGCAUUACGACAAUUACAAAAUGGCCAAUCACUGAAUGAUAUCGAACGUUUUCUUUUGUACACUUGCUGGGAACAUAUACCAUUUAGCUCGAAAAACUCGACAACCACAGCAUAUUCAACAGCUUUCAUUGAUCAAUUUUAUGACGAUGCUUUAGCACGCUUUGAACUCACUCUUGAUCAAGAACCAUCUAUGAAUUCGAAUGCACUUACUUAUAUUUUCGAACGAUGUCAACAACUUCUCAGCAUUCAAAAUCUCCCUUCUUUUGAUAAACAUGCAAAUAAUAUCCUUGAUCGUUUAACCAAAGCGCUAGAAACUCCUGCAACAACAAAUCCUGAUGGUGAUAAUGAAAGAAAUACUGUUUUCUUUCAAGCUCUUUUGAACUUAUCGAAAAAUGUUGAUAUUCGUACAAUUAUGAAAAAACGCCAAUUAACAUCUCUUUUCAACAAAUACGCAUCUACUGAAGGUGGAGAGCAACAAAAACUAGCUUUAUCAAUUCUAGCAGAAAUUAUGGAUGAAAGCGAAAUUAACGACAAUCCAACGGAAAUGGUAAAAAUCUUCAUCGAUCAACUUAAAGAACUUGAUCCAAACAAAUAUAAUCCUGAUCUUGAUAAUACAUUAUCAAGCCUCAAUGCCAUGAUACAACACGAGGAAUUUAAAAAUGAAUUUAUUCGACAAGGCGGUCUUGAAAAAUUAAUGGCUUUUGUUCGCGAUGGUGAUCCAGAGAUACAAUCUGAUAAACAACUCGAAGAUGCGAUCAAAAUUCUUUGGUCUUGUACAUUCAACAAUCCUGAAGCUGUAAACACAAUAAAACAAGACGAAAAGCUUAUGACUCGUGUCGCUGAUUUGCUCGAGAAAUCCAAGGGAAACGAAAAUACAACAUUAGAAAAAGCAGCAGAAGGUCUCAUCUGGAAAGUAGAAAAAGAAGAAAAGUUCAUAGAAGAACGAGCUGCUCAAGCUGAAAAGAAAAAACAAGAAAAAAAACGAAAAGCUCAAGAAGCAGGCGUUGCAGAAGAAGACGAGGAAGAGGAAGAAGAACAGAAAUAUGAUCUCAUGAUAUCUUAUUGUUGGGCUGAAAGCGAACUAGCACAUCGUAUCUUCGGUCAUCUGAGUGAAAAACUUGGUUAUAAAAUUUGGAUUGAUAUCGAACAAAUGCAUGGAUCGACAAUCGAAGCAAUGGCAAAUGCAGUCGAUGGAGCUGAGUUUAUUCUCAUGUGUAUGUCAGAGUCAUACAAACGCAGUGCAAACUGUAAAUCAGAAGCCGAAUAUGCAUUCAAUCGUAAAAAACAUAUAGUUCCAAUAAAAAUGAAACAAGAAUAUGUACCAGAUGGAUGGCUAGGUUUCAUAUUAGGUACACGAUUGUACAUUGAUUUUGGAACUUAUGAAUUCGAAAAAGCAAUGAAGCUACUGGAUAGUGAGAUACAAUUACAGAAGAAAAAGCGUAAAGAAACCAAAGAACUUGCGAAAAUAGAAAGAGCUGCUGCUGUUGGUACGUCUUGUGAUGAAAAAAAUGAUGAAGAGAAGAAAGAAGUUGCUGGUGUUAAAAGUUCACUGAAGAUGAAAUCUAACAAAGGAGAUAUUUCUGAUUGGAGCGAAGAGAAAGUUCAGGACUUUUUAAUGAAACAUAAACUUAGAACAAUGAUACCACUGUGUAAUGGAAUAAAUGGUGAAGAGUUAUAUGAUCUUUACUCGAUGUGUAAAGCUAAUUCGUCGGCUAUGUAUCGUUCAUUAAGAUCCGAACUUCUACAUGGUCAUAGUAGAAUAUUACCAAUCGCUACUUAUUUACGAUUUAUGAGCGUUAUGCGUAGUGUUUGCGAUGAUAUGUUGCUAGCUAGUAGAGAGACAAUCGCUGAAUCAGAUUGA